ACUGUUAUUUCAUUUCAAAUGUCUUUGCAAGUAGUGUUGUGUAACAAUUUUAAAAUUGUUAAUUGAAAUUAAAAAUGUUCUCCUACAAAUACUAUGACACGCCUGAAGGGCACGAUGUGUUCAAGAAAUCAGUGGUAACCGGCAAAUAUGCAGCGCUCGCCGGGCUCGGUAUGGGAACAUGGGACGUUCUCAUGUACUCUCAUCCGAAAGGGUUCUUCAACGUUGGCUACCGUUAUGCGUACUUCAUUGGGCCUUUAGUCGGUAUGGCUACAGCUUUUACGUUGAGCGCUAACUACGCCGCGAACGUAAGGGGGAAGAAUGACAAGAUCAACUACUUUUUGGGCGGCGCGGUCGCUGGAGGCGUGUUCGGUGCCUGGCAGCGCUCCGUGACUGUGGGAGUACCCGCAGCGAUCGUCCUGGGCGCCGUGGCCAUCACGGUGAAGAUGAGCAGAGAAGAUAACUGGAGCUUGUUACCUGGAUUCACUCCUGCUGCUAAUAGUAUCAAGUCUGUGCACCAUGACUUCUCUUUGGUUAAGGAUAUUGAGGAGUUGAAAACAUGGACCAAGGGUAACUAAUCUCAACACCCACAGCACAUAGAGCAGAAUAGUGUGUAAAUACAAACAAUAUAACUCUAAUUUAAUAAAUGUUAAUCAAUAUACAAUAAAUAUGGAUGAGGGACAACAUCUAA